CCGCGAUAGGUCGUCGACUGCACGAGUCUCGGCGUUCUCAUUUCCGGUUCAGAUCGCAGCUGAACAGUGUGUUUCGUUGUAGUUGUGCUCGAGAACCGGUGGAUUUAAACACGCUCCAGCAGAGAUGUCUACCGCUCUUGAGAGCUACAUUAACCGGACGGUUGCCAUCAUCACUUCAGAUGGCAGAAUGAUUGUGGGGACGCUAAAGGGCUUCGAUCAGACGAUCAAUCUGAUCCUGGAUGAAAGCCACGAGCGGGUGUUCAGUUCUUCUCAGGGCGUAGAGCAGGUGGUUCUGGGACUGUAUAUUGUCAGAGGCGAUAAUGUGGCUGUAAUCGGUGAAAUCGAUGAAGAAACGGAUUCAGCGCUGGAUCUCGGAAACAUAAGAGCAGAACCGCUUAAUUCUGUGGCGCACUAAUGCCUCUCGAAUCAGGACUGAAAAAAUCCACGUUUAGAUGAAAUUCCCUGUCUCCCUUUUGAAGACUCACCCUAGGACAUCUACAGGCAUCAAAAAGCAGCAAUAUUAUUUGCUUUUUUAAUAUUGAAAGAAAUAGACUGAAUGCAUAUCCUUUUUUUUACGUGUGUUGAAAUAAAAAAGAAUUGGAAAGAA